AUGAAGGUCUACACUCAGCAGGAGGUCGCCAAGCACACAAAGGCCGACGACUGUUGGCUCAUCCACAACAACAAAGUCUACAAUGUCUCUGACUUUGUCGCCGACCAUCCCGGUGGAGAAGAGUUCAUCCUCGACCACGCCGGCAAAGAUGUCACCGCCCUGAUGAAGGACGAGCUCGAGCACUUGCACUCAGACGGUGCCUACGAGAUGCUCGACGAACUCUUGAUCGGUGCCCUCUUUUCUUCUUCAACCACAACAACCACAACAACCACCACUACUACAACUACUUCAGCAACAACCACCGCCAUCGACCGACAGCAGCACGAGGCGGAAAUGCACAGGCGACUGGGCGCCAAUGUGACGGAUACCAAGAACUCUGAGACGGGGGAGCAAGAGUACUACCUCAACGAUACCGACUUGGUGGCAGACAAGAAGAACAGGUUCCUGGACCUGAACAAGCCCCUCUUCCACCAGCUCUGGCAUGCCAAUUUCUCAAAGUCCUUCUAUCUCGAGCAGGUCCACAUCCCUCGCCAUGUCGCCGGCGGAUCGGCUCGUCUCUUCAGCUCGGAUUUCUUGGAGAUCUUCACCCGUACCCCCUGGUACAUUGUCCCCAUCCUUUGGUUGCCCAUCAUUGCCUUCAAUGUCAACCGUGGUCUUCAGCAAGGUUUGACGACUGAGAAUACGUCGGGUCUGUUUGUUGCUGGUAUGUUUGUCUGGACGCUGGCAGAGUACAUGAUCCACCGGUUCUUGUUCCACUUGGACGAUCUCAUGCCUGAGUCCAACUACAGCAACAUUGGUCACUUCUUGCUUCAUGGUAUCCACCACUACCUUCCCAUGGACAGAUUGCGAUUGGUUAUGCCUCCAGUAUUGGCGAUUACAUUGGCGAUCCCUAUCAACUACCUGAUGCACACGUUCAUGCCCCUGGCCCAGGGCUACGUGAUGAUGGCGGGACUUCUCUUUGGCUACGUCCUCUACGAUAUGACCCACUACUACCUCCACCACGCCAAGGUCUUCAAGAUCCACUUCAAGGAGAUGAAGACCUACCAUCUUGCCCACCACUACAAGAACUUUGAGGGCGGAUACGGUAUCACCUCUAAGAUCUGGGAUCGCGUCUUUGGCACCACCUUGGAGUUGUAA